AUGUCUCUGGCAGCCCAUCCUUCCCGUCGCACACCUAAAACGGAACACGGUUCCGUGCCCUGGGCCAUCGUCUGCAAAAAGAAGCAUGUGCUUCUCCAACCAAAAGCACGCGGCCUCCUGGAUCUUCCCAGCGUCUCCUCCGUCAAGUGGGCAUCUGCUGCCAAAAGACGCCGGCCGUCUGACAACACGCUCCCUUUCGAUCCCGACGACGACUACAGUGUCGUCAUGGCGAACAAGAUCUUUGUGGCCUACGUCGUGGCCGACGCCCUGUUCAUCAUCAUGGGCUCCAUCCUCCUCGGCUUCUCCGUCGUCGUCAAGAACACGCUACACAACGCCCCGUCCGACGGCGCCGAGGCUGCCCGGAACUUGCUGUACACGCGCUUUCCCCUGACAGCCGGCGUGGUCAACGGCAUCUUCUACUUCAUCACCUUUGUCUUCACCAUCCCGGCCGUCACCCUGCCAACACGCGGCUGGCUCAAGCUGUCCGGCUACAUGGUCACCUUCACCGCGCUCUUCAGUCUUGGCAUCGGCCUGCGCAUCUGGAUCACCACGCUCAACACCAAGGAGGCCUUCUCGCCGCUGUGGAACGCCCAGACGGCCGCUGUCCAGGACCUGAUGCAGACCCAAUUCCAGUGCUGCGGCUACUUCAACAGCACCUCGCCCGCCUUUGUCACCGACGCCACCUGCUCCAGCCCGGCUGCCGCUGCCCUCGUCCGCGGCUGCGCCUCGCAGAUCAGCAGCUUCGGCAACACCUUUGUCGACGAGAUCUUCACCGCCGUCUUCGGCAUGUGCGGCAUCUGCGCCCUGCUCGUCAUGGCCACUGCCUGCCUGCUCAAGGACCGCAAAGAGCGCGAGCGCUUCCGCUACAUCGACGAGAAGAACGGCCUCGGCCGUACCUUUUAG